CACAACUGUCGUUGUAGAGCGCGUUCGCACUCAUACCUCACCAGCGUCGACGUUCAACGCCACGAAAUGGCCUCUCGCAUCGUUCUACCGAAGAAGACGCUUACUGGGAUACGCAAAGCCGUGGAGGAGCAGAGGAAUCGACCGGGCAUGGAAGCAAAUUGUCCGAGUUUCGAUAGGCUCGAACAGGUCAUAGCCGCGGGAGGAGACUUUACGGCGCUUGUCACUGAUCCAUUUUCUAUCCCCUCGGAUGACUCGCAGCUGCUCUCCCCACCUAUAGAAGCCGGGCUGGACGCUAUGACAAACCUCGCCACGGUCGUCUGGAGCUUGGCAUACAUACCCGCCCAUGCCUAUACUAAGGUGGUGGAGGUUUUGCGCGAUAAUUGGCUCUGGUUAUUCUCCUGGAUCAGAUUCGCACACCCAGAUAGCCAGUGCAUCGUCUUCAACAACGUCUUUCUCGGGGACUAUAUCGCAUUCCUGCAUAACCUGUUGCUCUUGAAGAAGGAGCUGUCAGGCGCGUGGAAGCUCACGCCACAGCUCUAUGGGCUGAUCAUGUCUCUUUGGCUGCGAAUGCCGAGUAUCUGGCGCGCGCUGGGGAGCGGAUCCAGGGAGGACUACGAGGGUACCCUGAUGCAUAUGCCCUGGAUGAUCACCGUCGCCGCCGCGAUGCAGCUCAUAUCCACGAGCGUAUCGGACACCGAACUAUCCGAAGGCGACGACGACUACGACCGCGUUGCUGUUCGUGAAGCCCUAGAGACUGUGGGGCAUAGGGACGGUCGUGUCCACCGACUUGUCACCCGCGGCGCGGUCUACCUGCUGUCGGCCGUCGAGGCCGCUCCAACUGCGACGACCGACGAUAUGGCGGAGGCACUCCACGUCGUUCAUGAGCAGCUGGUCCAGCUCGAACGCUUCACCAUGGGGAUGGACUUAACCGAAAUCCGCUCUCGCGAUGUCGGGUCCGUCGUCGAUCUCAUCAGGACGUUGUCCGCUAUUGCACACGGGGAGAACGCAGCCUGCACCGUGGUGUCUAUCCUUCUUGGUCUGUGCCAGUGGGAUCAACGGGCAUUCGUCUGGGCGUUGCGCUACGGCGCGUUCCCGCUGGUCGUCUCCCUCUGGCGUGCAGACAUUGUAGAGGAGCAGAGGCCCGUCUUAGCUCAGUUCCUGUGGCAGACCGCAGCCUGGACGGCGUACUUUCCGGUCGCAGUCGCUUUCAACAAGCAUCGGGAGAGCGAAUCUUUCGCCAGUCCGGGAUUGAAGGAUCAUCCGACGUUUGGCAAAUGGUGGGCCAUCGCUGAUGAGGAAGUGAAGAAGCGAUGCGAAUUAGUGGAGGAAUUGACGACUGAGAAAUGCCACAACUACCGCUGUCCCGGUCACGACGUCAAGGACGUAGCGCGCUUCCGUCGCUGCCAAUGCUUCGACGUUUCAUAUUGCUCCGAGCCGUGUCAGAAGCAGCACUGGCCACUGCAUAAAUUCAUGUGUACGUCUUCAAAAAGGAAGCCUGCAAACACCAUCGGCGAAAAGUACUUCCCUAUAAUCUUCGAAGACAGCGGAUACAUCACGCGCAGAGACGCUCACUUCGCCGGGCGGCUCACUCGCGAAUACCUUCGUCAACACGGAGAAGAGAUACUCGCCGAAAUCCAGGAUCAGGACCAUCCGGACGUCACACCAAUCCGCGAAGCUGCUGUAUUUAUCGACUUCCAUGGGUUGGUACGCGCUUCGCACACGAUCAGGAUGUUCCCUAAGGAGCUUUGCUGCAAAAACUGCCUCGGCAAGCACCUGCCCAUAUUCGUGUACGCGCAGCUUGGUCGACCGCAGCGCGGAAAUGCAGAGGCCUCGGCCAUCAGGGUCAUGACUAUCGUUCUGCACAACUUCAAGCUCAGGGUGGAGCAUUUUCGCCACUGCAAGGAUCACUCGCUGUGCAUCUCGCGCGCCCGAGACCGGCCGCCUCGCUGUCACGAGCUGGAAGAGCUGCGCGAGCAGUGCUACUGCUGCGUGGAGAGGUUCGGAAAGGAUGAAGAUCCAUUCAGCGCUCCAACUGCACAAGAGCUACUGUGCACUGCUUACUAAGUAUAUAUGCUGGAACGAAAUCUGUACUUUCAAAGUCGGCGUCUUGACGCGGUAUUCUCUCCCUCCUGUACAUCACAUUAUUUCUUUCUUGAUUCGAACAUCUAGAUCGUAGAAGCCUUGCCAUCUGAUAGUCGAAUGGUAGACGAAUAGAACCACCGAAGACUC